AUUUCAUUUGACAUCGAUAGCAUCUUGGGUUUCGUGACUUCUCCUGCAGCGGCGGCUCGCGGUAUCCGGUUUUAUUCUGCUCCUCAGUAUCGUCAGAAUAUUUACACAGAUGUUCACCUGACAUUGGAUCGCGUGGAUCCAGAUCCGGAGCGGCCCCGAUUGAUCCCCUCACCACUGAAAGGCGUGCCGCAUUUCAUCUUCGCGAAGGUCGAAGGAGCCGAUUUCAUCACACUUCACCUGUUCUUUCCACAUUUGCCAUGCUACCGCGACUUCCAUCGGUUAACUGACGAGCAGCUCUCGCGGUGGUUUGAUACUAUCUUCUAUCCCGCUGUCCGUCAAGUCUAUGGUGUUGAUCGACUCCAGCACCUACCGGCAAGUUAUCGUCACGCAUUUGCCACCUGCCGUGCUCCUCAGGUAGAGGAUCGUCUGCUCGAGACCCCUAGUUAUCGGACCCAACUCCGGAUGUCCUAUUUCCUACCACCGCAAGGCUUACAGCAACUGUGGGACCGUGUUCUUGCGGCAGUA